AUGCUUGGCAUCCGGAGUUCAUCUAUCCCCUCUUGCUCUUGCUGCCUGCGAGCUGCCGGACAAGCGUCUCGCUUGUCGCUGACGACCAGCACUCGCAAUGUCUCAGGCAAAGCGUCGCCACCGCGACCAGCCGAUAACGAUGGUGGCAAUAACGAUCACGUAGAGGAGAAGCCGGAAGGCGCCAUGUCGCAAAGGCUUGAGCAGAUGAGUGAAGAGAGUCUCGAGACUGGCGGAAGAGCUGCGCGAAAAGCUGUUGAAGAGGCCGGUUUCUCUGAAGAGUUGAAGGCAAGGCUGGAAAAGAGGCUUGCGGAUUCGAGCUUCAGAAGUGAUAACGCCGCAGCAUUUGCGCAGGCCGAUAUGUCGCAGAGUGCGCCAAAACAUGCCCGUGAGAUCGCUGCUGCUCGGCCAUGGUCAGGCAGCGAGACUGUUGAGGAUGCAUCGCUCCGUAUGCUUAACGAUGCUCAUAAGCCUUUGCGUACUGCUUCAAGGUCGGCAGGCCAGCGAGGUCCUCCACGACAAGUCGAUACCGGUAGGCCAAAAAGCAGACCAGGAGCUGGUGUUCGCUUGGCCAGUGCCAGGGACCAGGCUUCCGUAUACUCGCAGUCCGUUGAGGAGCAAAAGGGCAAGUCUGAAGAGGAACGCGAGGCAUUUCGCAGAGAGAUGCGGGCCCGCUUCAUGCCAGGUGCACGUAGCGUUGCUGCGUCUGUACAAGGACUGAACUCUUUGGCCAGCCAGCGUAUUGAGGACGCGAUCGCGAGAGGACAAUUCAAGAAUCUUCCCAAUCGUGGCAAGAAGAUGGAGCGUGAUCACAAUGCUGACAGCCCAUUCAUCAAUACGACCGAGUACUUCAUGAACAAGAUGAUCAAGAAACAAGAAAUCGUGCCGCCUUGGAUCGAGAAGCAGCAAGAAGUCAUAUCGACCGCAAAUGCGUUCCGCAAGCGACUGCGGUCCGACUGGAAGCGGCACGUGUCUCGUAUGAUUGCCAGUCGUGGAGGCAAUUUGUCUUCUCAGCUAAAGCUCGCUGAGGAGUAUGCCUUUGCGGAAAUCUUUGAAAAUCCUUCGAAGCAGCAGAUCGAGAAGAUGAAUGCUGUAGAUGAUCGAGGCCACAUGUCACAGAUCACGAUAUCAGGACAGCUCCAGACUGCGCGUACGGAUGAUGCCACCAGGCUUGAGGAGGAGAUCAAGAUCCUGGAGCAGACCGUCAACGACGAUGGGUCAUUGAAGCCAAGAGAGCAGGUGACAGUGACUGCCAAACAACCUGUCCUCACGCAGCAAUCCGCUCCUGAGCCACCAAGGAGACCAACAGUUGCGCCUUUCCGAGAUCCUCAAUGGGAGCAGACGGAGCGCUCUUAUCACACUUUGGCCAUACAACAGCUCAACAGCCUCACCCGAUCGUACAACCUGAUGGCACCCACCCUAGCUAAAAAGCCUUACUUCUCCCUCGAGCGCGAACUGCUUUCGUGCUUUGCAGACGUUGCCCCGCAGGUCGCAGCUGCCAUCCAAGAGCGGGCAUUCAAGCCCAAGGUGAAAGGUGUUGAAGUCAUCGGUCACAGAGCCGGCUCGGUUCUUGACAAAUUCUCCAUGGACAAGGCUAGCCAGGUCCACGACGAACAGAAGCCUCAAUAUGGGUUCAGGGAGUUCUGGAGAGAUUUGUUUGCGCCGCCCAAGACAUGAUGAUGUGCACAUGUAUAGACAGAUACACCCAAGCUGAGAUAUACAGUAGCGGCAAUAAAGCUCAUUCACGU